AUGAUUGUAGACACUGAUGAUACCAUUAAUUAUGAAGAACUUGAUGUAUUCGAUCUUGACCAAUUCGAUAGAAGUAAAGGCGAUGUCGGUGGUGACGCCUUCAGUAGGAAGCAGAAAAAGAAUGGCGCACAGACAGGGGAGGAUUCUUUGACCAUGGCUGAUAUUAGAGGGGCCGUUGGUGGAAGUGAGGCCAUCCCAGGUCUUUCAGGAUCAAGUGAUGCAAAUACCAAAAGUAAUGAAAAGAAAAAUGGAGCAGACACUACUGCUCAAGAUUCAGAACCAAUAGUGGACGAUGUGUCUACUGCUGGCACUACUACACUAACACCGUCCAUUGUAACCGAACUUCCUUCAUCGGUGGGAAACGAAUCUUCUGAUAAAACCUACAAUGAAGAUCUCAAUACAGUAGUAAGCACUACAGUAGAGACAUCCGAUAGAACAGAUCCAACCUCAAUCACUACUACACAAUUAGACUUGGUAGGAGAAACUGAAAAGUCCGCAACGGAAAAUAUACCCAAUGUGACACAGGAACCAACUGAAGAAGAAUUAAAAAAUGCUGCAAAGCCAACACUGGAUGAAGACGGUGAUAUUGCGCUAGAGUAG